CCUAGACAGUGUACACUGUCGAAUCUCAGGCCAAUGAGCGUUCUAUUUCCAUGGCAACCGCUAAAGAUUGGGGAGGUACCAGCCGCGGGAAGUUUCCUUUGGCGGGAGUGGAUACAGUUUUGCCUCAACGGGAAACAAUAAAGAUGGAUUCCAAACGUAAGAAGGGUGUGUCAUCGGGUGUCUCGGCAUCACAGACUAAGAAGUUGAGAGGGGACUGGGAUGAAGAUGGUCCCUCCCAGUUUGAGGAGGAAUUGGCAUUCCUGGAUGAGGUGGAAGCAGACAUGGCCAUGGAGCUGAAUGAAGGACAGGUUACAGCUGAUAUUCUACCCAUUGGAAAACUAAUUUCUGAGAAAAUUCCUGCAAAAUGGUUAAGACCAACAGUGCCACAUAUCGACUACAAACUGCAGCCACUGAUAUUUCAGCAGGUUGAGUUGGAACAUUAUGUGGGAUCACCUGUUUCUGGGAUGCUUGGAGCUAAACAAGGACCUGUCCCCGUUAUCCGCAUGUUUGGAAUCACAGCAGAAGGCAACAGUGUCUGCUGUCAUAUCCAUGGAUUUGCACCUUACUUCUAUGUGCCCUCUCCACCCGGUUUCAAGCAGGAACAUCUGGGGGAAUUCAAGAAGGAGCUGAACAAUGCUGUGAUCAAAGACAUGCGUUCUAACAAAGAUAACGUCUCACAAGCUGUCCUGGCUGUAGAUAUCUGUAUGAAGGAGAAUAUGUUUGGAUAUCAUGGGAAAAGGAUAAUUCCUUUUCUGAAAAUUACCAUGGCUCUUCCUCGCCUUAUAGCUCCAUCCAAGCGUCUCCUGGAGCAGGGUUUGCGGUUUGGAAGCUUCCCCUUGCAUUGCUACCAGGCGUACGAAGCUAACAUUGACUUUGAAAUUAGGUUUAUGGUGGACAAUGAUAUUGUUGGGUGUAACUGGAUUGAGCUUCCUCCAGGCAAAUACCAUCUGCGUAUGGACCCUCAUGAAGCGGCAUCUAACAACAAUAGCAAUUCUAAAGACCUUCCCAACAAGAUGUCGUUGGCUCAGCUGGAGGUCGAUAUUAGCUGGGCGGAUCUCAUCAGUCACCCUGCAGAAGGCGAUUGGCAGAAAAUUGCUCCCCUUCGAGUCCUCAGCUUUGACAUUGAAUGUGCAGGCAGGAAAGGUAUUUUUCCAGAGCCUGACAAAGACCCUGUGAUUCAGAUAGCCAACAUGGUUCUGCGCCAAGGAGAGAAGGAUCCAUUUAUCCGUAAUGUUUUCACUCUCGAUACCUGUGCAAGUAUUGUAGGCUCUCGGGUGCUCUGCUUUGAGAGAGAGGAUGAAUUGCUGAAGGCUUGGGCAGAGUUUGUACGCACAAUAGAUCCAGAUAUUAUAACUGGUUACAACAUACAGAACUUUGACUUACCCUACCUUAUCAACAGGGCACAGGCUUUAAAGGUUUCUACUUUCCCUUUUCUUGGAAGAAUCCGCUCAAUGAAAUCUAUUAUCCGAGACUCUACCUUCCAGUCUAAGCAAAUGGGCCGAAGAGAGAAUAAAGUCAUUAAUACAGAGGGCCGUGUUCAGUUUGAUUUACUACAGGUUCUUUUGCGAGACUAUAAGCUUCGUUCCUACACACUGAAUGCUGUAAGUUUCCACUUCCUGCAAGAACAGAAGGAGGAUGUACAGCACUCAAUCAUCACAGACCUACAGAGAGGCAAUGAACAAACUCGCAGGAGAUUGGCUGUGUACUGCCUAAAGGAUGCCUACUUACCUCUUCGACUUCUUGAGAAACUCAUGUGCGUCAUCAACUACAUGGAGAUGGCACGUGUAACUGGGGUACCCCUCAGCUAUCUCUUGUCCCGUGGGCAGCAGAUUAAAGUGGUUUCCCAGCUACUCAGACAGGCAAUGAAGCAAGAUUUAGUGAUGCCAGUGGUGAAGUCUGAGGGAGGAGAGGACUAUACAGGGGCUACAGUCAUUGAACCUAGCAAAGGGUAUUAUGACGUCCCCAUUGCUACACUAGAUUUCUCGUCCCUGUAUCCAUCUAUUAUGAUGGCUCACAAUCUCUGUUAUACUACCUUGCUACAGGCUGGAUCAGCUGAUAAAUAUGGACUUAGCCCUGAAGACUUUAUUAAAACCCCAACUGGAGAUUGCUUUGUGAAGGCUACAGUACGGAAGGGACUUUUACCGGAGAUCCUAGAAAAUCUCUUGUCUGCUCGAAAGAGGGCAAAGACGGAACUCAAAAAGGAAACUGAUCCUUUUAAACAGAAGGUGUUGGAUGGGCGUCAGUUGGCCCUGAAAGUGAGUGCAAACUCUGUGUACGGGUUUACUGGAGCACAGGUUGGCAAACUACCAUGCCUAGAGAUCUCACAGAGUGUCACAGGUUUUGGGAGACAGAUGAUAGAGAAAACUAAGCAGCUUGUGGAGUCCAGAUACACCCUCUCAAAUGGAUAUAAGGCAGAUGCCAAGGUUAUUUAUGGUGAUACUGACUCUGUAAUGUGCAAACUAGGAGUGCAAACGGUGUCAGAAGCAAUGGAAAUGGGUAGAGAGGCUGCUGAAUGGGUAUCGAGUCACUUCACUCCUCCCAUAAAGCUUGAGUUUGAAAAGGUUUAUUUUCCCUACCUUCUGAUUAAUAAAAAGCGAUAUGCUGGGCUUUAUUUUUCAUCCAGUCCAAACACUCAUGACAAGAUGGACUGCAAGGGAAUAGAGACAGUUCGAAGAGACAACUGCCCACUUGUGGCUAACCUUAUUAACACCUGUCUGCAGAAACUCCUGAUUGAUAGAGACCCCAUGGGAGCUGUAGAACAUGCUAAGGAUGUGAUAUCUGAUUUACUGUGUAAUCGAAUAGACAUCUCGCAGUUGGUGAUUACUAAAGAGCUAACCCGAACUGCUGAUGAGUAUGCUGGAAAGCAAGCCCACGUGGAACUGGCGGAAAGAAUGAGAAAGAGAGAUCCAGGCAGUGCCCCCAAUCUGGGAGACAGAGUGCCUUAUGUAAUUAUUGGAGCUGCAAAAGGAGUGGCUGCCUAUAUGAAGUCUGAGGAUCCUAUCUAUGUGCUUGAGAAUAACAUUCCCAUUGAUACGCAGUAUUAUCUGGAGCAGCAGCUGGCAAAGCCCCUGCUCAGAAUUUUUGAGCCCAUUCUGGGAGAGACCAAGGCUGAGAGCACAUUACUUAAGGGGGAGCAUACACGCUGCAAGACGGUGCUGACCUCAAAGGUUGGGGGUCUGAUGGCGUUCGCCAAGAAACGCAGCACUUGCAUUGGGUGCAAAGCUUCGCUAAAUCAUGAUGGCGCUGUGUGUAAUUACUGUAAGCAACGUGAAUCUGAGCUUCACCAGAAAGAGAUUUCCCACCUUAGUUCUCUGGAGGAGAAAUUUUCACGUCUCUGGACUCAAUGCCAGCGCUGUCAAGGCAGCUUACAUGAGGAUGUCUUAUGUACCAGCCGUGACUGUCCCAUAUUCUACAUGAGAAAGAAAGUACAGAAAGACUUGGAUGACCAGGAGAAACUGAUACGUCGGUUUGGCCCCCCAGCGUGGUAACAAAGCUCAGAAAAAUGAACAAGCCUGUUUUUUUUACAAUGCACUGGUUUUUAUGUGGAUCAGGAGCUGUAACAGCCAAUUUAUAUCACUUUCCAGUUGUAUGAAGCUACAACAUAAGAAAACUGAGCCACUCAGACUUUUCAUCAUCAAGAAGCUACUGGGGCAAUCCCAGCACAUCCUGUAUAUGAGUUUGGUUCCGCCAAGCAGGACCCAAUGUGUUGUGUCCAUAGUGUAUGUGGAAGUAAAAUCCAGAUAUGCUAAUAGCAGUUAUCAUAUCUCUCCUCUUACUAUGUUACUGCUUGACCAUUCUCUACUAUGGCUGAUCCAGCCCUGGGUUUAGCAAAUUAACUGGGUUUAUUGCAGAUUUCAGAUGCUGCCAUUUUGUGGGAUGAGUUUAAUUCUUUUGAUAACUAUUAUAUUUUUGUACUUAUAUAAUGCUAAUAAAAGGUAUUAAAAUA